AUGAGCGACGACCAACCUCGCAGACGUAGACAGUCCUCGGUCGGCAAAAUGAACCUCGGAGACACCUCUGUGCCGGCACUACAGACGAUGCACUCCAACAAGGAUAUGAGAUCCACGGCCAAGUUGCACAAACAACAACUCAACAAAAACACAGACUCCAGCGAUGAUUUGGCUAUUCUGGACAAAAUAUGGAUUUCCGUCAAGAUACUCAGCUACAGACACACCUGGCUGCCGUUCUUGGUCCUGUUGCUGAUUGUCCAAUCAGCGUACUGGUUUUCCAACAACUUCACCCCGUCCAAUCCCCUGCAUAUGUUUGUCACCAUGUCUCACCAGGUUCCAGGAACCAAUCCGCCAUUGUACGAGAAGGGAUUGAAGGACUUUGCCUUUGUUGGGUACAUGAUGAUUUUCUUCACUUUCUACAGAGAGUUCCUCAUGCAGAUCGUGCUCAGACCGAUUGCCCGUUAUUUUGGCCUGAAAAAAGAGUCCAAGAUUAGACGGUUUACCGAACAAACUUACUCCAUUUGCUACUACGGAGUGAGCGGACCGUUUGGUUUGUAUGUGAUGAAACAGACCCCAAUGUGGUACUUCAAUACCGCAGCUUUCUACGAGAACUAUCCCCAUCUGGCCAACGAGUUCUGGUUCAAGUUCUACUAUCUUUCGCAGGCCGCUUUUUGGGCCCAGCAAUCUGUGGUCUUGAUGUUGCAACUGGAAAAGCCACGGAAGGACUUCAAGGAGCUGGUGUUCCAUCACAUCGUCACCAUGCUACUGAUCUUCCUGUCCUACAGAUUCAAUUUCACCUGGAUGGGAAUUGCAGUCUACAUCACGAUGGACAUAUCUGACUUUUUCUUGUCCCUGUCCAAGUCGCUCAACUACCUGGACUCUCCGUAUAUCGGACCGUUCUUCUUCAUGUUCGUGGGCACCUGGAUCUACCUCAGACACUGGCUCAACAUCCGGAUUUUGUGGUCUGUUCUUACAGAAUUCCGCACCGUUGGUCCGUACACCUUGAAUUUCGCUACACAGCAAUACAAAUGCUGGAUUUCCCAGCCGAUCGUGUUUGUGCUGAUCUUCGCUCUGCAACUGGUCAACCUCUACUGGCUGUUCCUGAUUCUCAGAAUCGCGUACCGGUACGUUUUCCUUAACGUUGCCGAAGACGAACGUUCCGAAUCCGAGUCCGAGUCCGAAGACGACAAGAAAAAUGACUAA